AUGGUGCUGGUGCCUCAUCAGGAGUACCCCAUGGUCUGCACCGGCGUGUCCCCGGGAGCCUGCCCCCUGCUGCCUCUGUCUCUGCAUUACAUCAACCUGAACUCCAACACCUCCUGGUUCACAGACACUGGACUGGAGAGGCCGUGUCCAGAUGUGGUGCAGGUGAAGCAGAUUGACAGCAGCUCCCUCCUCGUCCUCUUCAACAAGUGUGUUUACACACUUGGCCUGGAGGGGGAGCUGAAGAGUCAGAGCGGCUUCUCAGAAGACAUGGAGUCUGUGGUGUGUGUGGGGGAGUCCCUGGUUGCUGUGUGGUCACAUGGUUGGCAGAGGAGGAGGCUGCACUUCCCUGAGCUCCUGCAGGAGGUGACUGACCACAACAAGACCUUCUGCCUCCUGCCGUCUGACAGACUGGUGCUUCUACAGACCAGGAAACCAGACCAGCACCUGGUGAACCUCUACCUGCUGGAGGAGGCUGAGCACCUCAUCCUAAGGCCCUGA